UUUAUACGCGAGUUGUAUGUGAGUGUGUAUGUCACAUCAUUUAGACUAACUAACGAGUUGAGAAUCGAUAGGCUUCAUUGUAGUCUUCGUAGAAGUUAACAAGACCCUCGACGACUGAAGACUGAAGACGACGCACUGCGUUCGCGCAUCUUACAAAUAAUCUCAUUUAUUAUUAAUCCGAAUUGUACAGUACCAGUAACGUCAUCCUCUCAUUACGCAAUUACCCAAUUUGCAUAGUUAUUAUAAGUUCCAAGAUUAUUAUAACAAUGAAACAUUGUAUCAACGACAAUAACGUCAGCAGACAUUCUGGCGUCUCAACCAAUUUACUGGAGACUUUAAGCCCUCGGGUGUGUCGUUCGAACAAUGCAGGUAUUAACAUUUAACUUCUUUCUUCUAAGUAUCGUGGGCGUAUGGAAACCGCAAGGGUGGCGUGGAAUAAAAGCAACUAUCUAUUCCAUUUACCAAACUAUUAUAAUAAUUCUCAACCACCUUUUCUUGCUGUCUCUUUUGUUGGACAUACAGUUCAAAAAUAUUAAAAUCGACAAUUUAGCGUUGAUUUUUAUUCUUCUCAUAAUCCGGCAAAAAAUCGUCUGCAUAGUUGGAAAUUGUCCUGGCAUUAAACAUAUAAUUGUUUCACUAAAAAAGAGUCCCUUCAAACUUGAAGAUAGUAAAGAAGAAUUUAUUUUUUUACGAUUUGAAAAAAUAGCAAGAAAUAUUAUUACAUACUAUCCGAUGAUAUAUAUAAGUAACCUAUCAGUGCAAUGUACAGGUUUCAUAGCUGCGAUGGAUCCUCCUUACGCCCUUCCCUACAAUGGCUGGUUCCCUUAUAAUUACACUCGAACAUCAAAAACCUACUGGGCGACAGCCGUUUACCAAAUGCUUGUAGCAUUUACUAUGGGAAGCAUUAAUGCAAUAUCAGACAUGUUGCUGCCAUGUAUAAUGUGUUACAUGUGUGGGCACAUUCACAUUUUGAGAUACAGAUUUCGAGUUAUGACUGAAAAAUUGCGAAUAAUGUCAGAUAAUAAUGAACCGGAAGACGAAAUAAUUUCCACUGAGCAAAAAUUGAUAGCCGAUUGGGUUAAAUUUCACAUUGAUAUUUUAAAUUUAUUUAAAUAUACAAAUAAAAUAUUUUCAACCGUAAUAUUCAUGCAAUACACUAUAAGCUCACUAGUUCUUUGUACGAUUGCGUAUUUAUUGUCGCACAUGGAACCAAUGACAAUGGGAUUCGCUGGAAAUUUCGGAUUUUUGACUGCCAUGUUUAUACAAAUAUUGCUGCCUUGUUAUUUCGCUGAUAAAUUAACUUUUGAGUUUUUAGAUAUAUCUACGGGAAUUUAUGACACAAAUUGGUACCACUUAAGUAACAAUAUUCGUAGAUCGAUAGUAAUCAUACUCCGAAAAACUUACCGACCUGUUACGUUGACGAGUGGAUUUUUUAUAGUUUUAUCCCUUGAGUCCUUCACCAAAGUCAUAAAACUUGCUUAUACUAUCUACAAUGUGCUAGAAUGAAAUGUUAUAUAUUUAUAUUUAUGAGUAUAGUCGAGAAAUAAAUAAAUAAAUGAAUAUAGUUAUGGCAUUUGUUGAGCAAGUGACGAUUAAUAAAUAUG